UUGAACAAAAACCAAAUUUAACGAACACGGCGGUGAAUAGUAUAGAAUAGUACGUUAGUGCGUUCUAGGGGACUUCGUUCCAUACGCGGCAAUCUUACAAAUGUUGUAGGAAGCUUUAAAUGGUACACAAGUCAAAUUCUUGCGUCGCUUCUUCGCCCACUUUUGUUAGUCAUUGUUGGCUCGGUGUUGCCUCCUGUGGCCGUCGAGGGGACCUUUAACUUCUCGUAGAGUGUAGUUGUGUUAUUCGGUGCGUUUCCCCUGUCUGCCGCAGAGGGCAGUCGUGAACUGUUCGCUGCGUAUCAAGACGAAGCCCAUGACAAACCGAAGAAGACGUCGCGGCGCUCUUCAAUUUGAAAAAUGUCGUUUUUUUGACCUGUAGCUUCACUCUUUCGAAUUCGGCUUUUGUUGUUGUUGUUGUUGCGCUUUUAAAAUGUCCAACAUUUCCGAGGAGAGGAACGCUUCUCCCAAGCGCUUCGGCCAGUGUGCUUACACAGCCGAAGAGCAGCAGGCCGUUCACAGUGCACUGCGACAGAAGCUGGGGCCAGAAUUCAUCAGUAGCAGACUGGCUGGCGGAGGACAGAAGGAGUGCCGAAUAGCACAUUUGACCAUUUCAUCGUUGCAGGUGUGCUACAUCGAGGGCCACCGUGUGAUCAGUCUGGCCAACGAGAUGUUUGGAUACAACGGCUGGUCUCACUCCAUCUCGCGGCAGAACGUCGACUUCGUGGACCUGGUCGACGGGCGGUUUUAUGUCGGCGUCAGCGCUUUCGUCAAAGUGCAGCUGAAGGACGGAGCGUUCCACGAGGAUGUGGGCUACGGCGUGAGCGAGGGGCUCAAGUCCAAGGCUUUGUCCCUGGAGAAAGCCAGGAAGGAGGCCGUCACCGACGGCAUGAAGAGAGCGCUCAAGUGCUUUGGGAACGCCCUCGGAAAUUGCAUCCUCGACAAAGCAUACCUUCAGGCUAUUAACAAGAUCCCCAAGCAGACGCCGCCCGCUUUCGAUCCGGCCCGGACCAAGUGCUCGGAAAGCGAACCCUCCGUGGAGAAGGCUCGUUUCGACAGUCUGGUCCGCCGGGCUCGACCGGCGCCCGCCGUCGCGCCGCCCGAGCCUCGAAUCGACAACUCGACGGACGAAACGCACGCUCCUCACGCUGGCGACGUCCAGAGUGAGGACGCGGGCUCAAGACAGGCGGCGGCGGCGGCGGCGGCGGACACGUCGUCCGAGUCGCACACGGACCUCAAGCAGCUGCGCAAGCUGCGGCAACAGCAGCUGCAGCAGAAGUUCCGCAGGGAGAUGGAGGCCAAGAGGCUGCAGCAGAAGCAGGACGACGUGGAAGGAGACGAUCCCGAACUCUGGAAUUUCCCCCUGAAUUUUGAGGAGUCGGACACCCCCGACAGGGAGCUCAGGCCGAGCACACCCAACAAUCACAAGAUGCUGACGCGCAGCAAGACCCCGCAAAGGAGCUCCGCCACUGUGCCUGUGCCUGAGCAGCAGCCGCCGCAUCAGGACAGACCAGUUGAAGCCUCGAGUCCAUACCGAGCUGGGCGGUCCAUGAAGAGACGCAGACUGGAUACAUGACGUUGACCUCCUUUAUUUCGAUUUAUUUUAGUGUUUUAUCUGAAUCGUUGCUGUUACUUGUAUAAAGGUUGUCAAGUUUU